AGCACUGAGAGACUCUGAGCGGUGGAGGAGAUUAUAAACCUGACCGCGGAUUCAGCCUGCUCGGGUUUUGAGCCGUUUUUGGAGCUUCUGGGGAAGAAAUGCGCGCUUUAUCUGAGCUUGGGGGCUGAAGGACAUUUCCACGCAUCGGCUGCUGUGAACUGUUACGAAUUUCGUCGCGGCGGCGGUGAAAAUAAAGCCAUAAAAACACAGAUGUACACAGACAGGUAAAAGUAGAGGUACAGGACUGCAGAUGGGUCAGGGCUUGUGGAGGGUGGUGAGGAACCAGCAGCUGCAGCAGGAGUACAGCGAGCAGUGCUACCUCCAGCGGGAGCACCGGCGCAGGAUGGGCCCCCUGCUGGUCGAGCCGCAGUCGCAGCCGCAGAUGCGCCGGACGCUGCAGUGCCAGGUCCCCGGCUCGGACAUCGGGCAGCUGCUGCGGGCACGCAAAGGCAAAGACCAGCAGGGCUUCAUCGACCUGGAGAUGCUGCCGCCCGAGCUCAGCAUCACCAUCCUGUCCUACCUGAACGCCACAGACCUGUGCCUGGCAUCCUGCGUGUGGCAGGACCUGGGAAACGACGAGUACCUGUGGCAGGGGCUGUGUAAAUCCACUUGGGGUCACUGUUCCAUUUACAACCGCAGACUUCCUCCCGGCUUCUCCUACAGAAAACUCUACAUGCAGCUGGAUGAAGGAAGUUUAACGUUCAACGCUAACCCUCUGGAGGGUAUCACUUACCUCAUGUCCAAAGGCAUUCUGGUGGACCACCCGAAGGAAAUUGCCAAGUUCAUAUUCUACACCAGAAUGCUGAAUUGGAAGAUGCUGCGGAUUUACCUUGAUGAACGACGCGACGUUCUGGACGAGCUGGUCACACUACACAACUUCAGUAACCAGUUCCUGCCCAACGCACUGAGAGACUUCUUCAGACACAUCCACGCCCCGGAGGAGCGAGGGGAGUACCUGGAGACCCUCAUCACCAAGUUCUCCCACCGAUUCUGUGCCUGUAACCCCACACUGGUCAGGGAGGUGGGCCUGACGCCUGACGCUGUGUACGUACUUUGCUACUCGCUCAUCCUGCUGUCCAUCGACCUCAGCAGUCCGCACGUCAAGAACAAGAUGUCCAAGCGUGAGUUCAUCCGGAACACGCGGCGUGCGGCGCAGAACAUCAGCGAGGACUUUGUGGGUCAUCUCUACGACAACAUCUAUCUGAUCGGCCACGUGGCCGCCUAACCCUCCGGCGCACGCGCUCACGCACAUACACACACACACACACGCGCGCGCGGGCGCAGACGGGCCACGCUCGGGAAAUGCAGCCGGCCAAUCAAACACUCAGCCACGGCACUGAUACGCAUACUGCUCUGAAGCUAAAGCAGGGGUCGGAGGGGUCGUCCGCCCCCACGCUGCGGUAUAGAGGUGCUUAUUAGGACAGGAAGUGCAGAGAACUACAGUAGACGAGUGGAAGUGGUUUAGAGGAAACCAGGCGACGACAGCAGCGACUAAACUCAGCGCAAAGAGCUGCCUAGUGCUUACUGAGAGAGAGAGGUAGCAAUGCACUUAACCCCUUAAACUGCUGCAGGCUGAAUUAUAUACUGAAUUAUUAUAUACACCGUCACUAUCACGAAGAAACAUGUAUCGUAUAAUAUCUCCUAAACUAGAGCUUUACUGAAGAACGAACAUCUAAACUUCACUUUUAAAUGGAAGUCAGUGUAAAAUGAUUUGGUUCAGAUUCAUUUUGGAGCAUUUCUGCUCUAUUUUUGCACGACAGCAGCAACAUACAGCUCUAGAAAAUAAUAAGAGACAACUUAAAAAUGAUGAGUUUCUUCAAUUUGACCAAAUUGAAAACCUCUGGAAUAUAAUCAAGAGGAAGAUGGAUGAUUAAAAGCCAUCAAACCAAGAUGAUGUAGCAUAAAGUUAUCCAAAAGCAGUGUGUAAGACUGAUGGAGGAGAACAUGAUGCCAAGAUGCAUGAAAACUGUGAUUAAAAACCACCAGGGUUAUUCCACCAAAUAUUGAUUUCUGAACUGUUAGAACUGUAAGUUUUCUUUGCAUUAUUUGAGGUCUAAAAGCUCUGCAUCUUUUUAGUUAUUUCAGCCAUUUCUCAUUUUCUGCUUUAAAUAAAUGCUCUAAAUGAGAAUAAUUUUAUUUGGAAUUUGGGAGAAAUGUUGUCUGUAGUUUAUAGAAUAAAACAACAAUGUUCAUUUUACUCAAACAUAAACCUAUAAAUAGUAAAAUCAGAGAAACUGAUUCAGAAACUGAAGUGGUCUUUUAAUUUUUUUCCAGAGCUGUAUUAAAGGAAUAGUCCAACUGAUCAUGCGCUGUAGCUUGGCUGGAACUAAAGCCUGUAGAUCAGUUUAGAUAAGAUUGGACACCCCUGAUCCAGAGAGCUGAUCUUAACUUGACCUGCUGCAUCUGUACAGUAGUGAUCAUUUAGUGGUCAUGCUUAGACUUAAACCCUGCUGACGCUCAACUCGCUUGUAUUGGCAGAUAUUUAGUUGUUAAAUUUGCAAUUGCAUAUAGACAUUAGGUCUAAUCUAAUAUAAUAGGCCUGUUCAAACGAAGGGGUCUGAGAAUCACUGGUAUUAACCCACAAUUAUAAAUUAUGAAUUUCCCUUCUUAAAAGUGAUGAUUAGCACUAUAUCACCAGAGUUUAAUGUGUAGUUUUAAUAUUUUAUGGCCAAAUUCUUCAUAACAAGCAUAAAAAAGAUCACUAGUAGUUUUUCUCAAUAGUUAGCUAGCUAGCUAACUUUCCAUUUCCACCUUAAAUGGUGCAACUGAUGGCUAGGGCUUCAGAAUUUAAGGCGGAACAGAUAAAUAAAAAUAAAAUAAAAGGUAAUCAAAGCUCAUUUCUGUUCUCCUUCAAAAGAAAUGAAGGAAUAGACAAUAAUAAUCCAUUUCUGCACCAUCUCACUUUCUCCCUUUCUGAAGACAUACAAUAAAAUACGCCCUAAAGUUAACUAGUUAACCAGCAGCAGCAGCAGCUAGGUUACUGAACUUUAGGGUGCUUGAAGCAUUGAAGCUUUACACUCGAAAACCAGGUUUAGGGGUAAGUGGUAGGGCCAAGAGGUGAAAUGGGAUUGGGCCUAAAUGUCACAUUUAUGCUCUUAAAAUUGUAGGUUUUUGUAGAUUGUCAAUAGAGGCUGCAGUUCUGCAGUUUUCCUGCUGAUUGUCCUGCUCCAGCAAACCUGCUAAACCUUGAAAAUGAGAGUUGAGUUGAAUCAGGUGUGUUUUUUUAUUAGGAGAGGCAAAAACUGUCAAAAUAUAUACACAAAAAUAUAGAUGAGUAUACAAAUUUAUCAAUUACACCAAUUCAAUUAAUGACACAGUCGCAGAUCAAUCAAUCAAUUAGACAACCACAUUUCUUCACUCUAAUAUAUUUCCACAAAUAUAUUAUCAACAGAAAUAUCAAAUUAUAAUUGAAAUUUGUUUAUUGAAAGGUUUUGGAGGUCCAGUCUUCUGCAAAGUUUAGUAAACACAACUGAUUCAUCUAAUCAAACCAGGUGUUUUCACACCAAUACUAUUUAGACUAGUUAAAACUGAUUUUUGAUAUGUUUAUAUCCUUUGUACAGAAGCCCGUUCCCACCACAAAAAAAUAAAAUAAUCCAGCACAUUUUUUUUAUUAUUAUUAAUAAAAACUGAUCUCUCAUUAUUUUGAGACAGUAAGUCAUUAUUUUGAGAUGCUAUCUCAAUAUUUUAAGAUAGUAAGUCAUUAUUUUGAGAUAUAAAGUCAUCUUUUGUGAUACUAAGUCAUCAAUUUGAGAUAUUAAGUCAUCAUUUUGUGAUAGUAAGUCAUUAUUUUGUAAAAACAUUUUUUCCCAAAAGCAAACACACUUGCAAUCUCAAAAUAAUUACUAAGUAUCUCAAAAUAAUGACUUAGUGUCUCAAAAUGAUUACUUAAUAUCACAAAAAAAAUUGAUUUCUCAAAAUAAUGACUUACUAUCUCAAAAUAAUGACUUGGUAUCUCAAAAUAAGGACUUGGUAUCUCAAAAUAGUGUCUCAAAAUAAUGUGGAACAAAACAACUGCAGGAGACUCUAAAAAGAGAAGGUGGUCUUGGUCUGGUUCCAAACAAACACUAGAGCAGUUCGUUUUUUGUUGAGAACAUGGCUUGACCUUGUUUCAAACUGGCUAUCAAACAUACUCCCUAUGUUUGAACUAAUCGGCUGUUCAGGUGCAGUUUAACCUGCUUCACUAGAUGGACGUGCUGGUCUGGAACACAAGAUCCUCUUCCUGUAUUUACUGUUUUUUUGCUCCCGCUCCCGACAUCUCUGACCAUUAGGAGGAGACAUUUUGCUCACAUGGUUUGUUGGGGCACGUGUUAGUGCAUUUAGUUUUGUGCCUGUGUGAAAACAAACCAAACCGGGGAGAAAAAUGAGCCAAAUAAUCAAAUUUAUCAACUGAUUCGGACCAGAGAAGUCAGGAAAGUGUGAAAACGCCCAUAAAUUAACAGACAAAGCAGUUAUAUUUGAGAUUAUAACUAUAUUUCAUAUUUUUUAAUUUUCACUCUUUAGUUUCAAGAGUGAGGAAUUUAGAUGGUGAUGGUAUUUUGGUAUAUGGUCAUGCUCUACAGAUGCAGCAAAUCAGAGAUCAGUUUGGUUGGAGUAUUCCUUUAAUAUCAGGACUUUCCACAGUACCAUAUUGUUUCUGCUGUGAAUCUACAUACUAUCUAAGCUAUGCUAUGAAGCCUAAGCUUUACAGUUUAAAGGGUUAACUAACCGCCUACGUACGUACAGCUUAACCAUGCAAAGCCAUGUAGUAGCCAAGCGUUCAUACGUGCAUCAUGAUCGAGUUUAUAGAGUUAUUUACAAAUGGAGCUUAAGCAUUGGAGUUAAGUGCUCAGCUCUGUAGCUCUUUAGCCGUGAGGCUCACUACAUGAAUGUUAACGUUCAUAGCGUCUUACGUUUGAUACAGUUGUUGCGUGAGGAGGUUUUCCGUUUUUUAUUAUUUUACUCCAUUCUACCCACGUCCCCAUACUUCCUGUAUGUUUGCGAAUUGUUAAAUAAUCGAAAAACAAGAAGGAAAAUGUAGGAGUUUAGGCAAAAGUGGGAUUUGCUGUUGUAAAAAUGAAGAAUACUCAACCGAAAGCUUUAAAAACAGCUUCAAAACUCUCUUAUAAUCUCAUAAUACUCUUACGUCAAUAUUCUUAUCCAGCGUACUAUAUAAAACAACUACAGUAUACAGUCAUUUAAAGACGUUUUACCCCUUAAACUCUUUAAAACCCCUUAAAAUAAUCCUUCUGAAUUACUCUGAGUUUCUAUUCAGUAACUGCUAUACAUUAUUUAUAACUCAUGCUAAGCUUAUAGCUAAUACUGAAGUAUCUCAGUAGUUCAGAUAGUGAGAAUCUGAAGUGUGGACUUUAAGUAAAAAAGUCCUAAUGUGUGUUUAAGGGGUUAAAUAUUGAGCUUUAAUACAUAACAGAUGUUUGUAUGAGGAUUCGAUCCUAGUUUAUUUGUAUAUUAAGUGUCUAUGUAGUAACUGUGUAAUUUAGGGAUGCUCUAAAUAUUGGGUAACUGAAAUUAUAAAGAUGAUAAAUGGUCAAAUAAAUGAAAAUAAUAAAUAAAUAAAUAUUUUAGACUGGAAAUUAAGGCAAAAAUAUAUUUACAAAAGAAAAAAAGCAAGUUAAGUGUUUAAAAUUUGGUCAUUAUGUUUAAUUUUGUUCAAUUUUGACCAAAUAUUUUAAUUUUUGAUUCAUCUCUAAUGUAAUUACAUGUUAACAAUCAUGUAAUAAGAGUGUAACUACUGUGAUUUAUUUCCUGUUAAUUAGAUAAUUAGAUAAUUACACCAUUACAGCUUUUGUAAUUGUACAUCUAUCAACUGUUAUCAGUUUUCAAUUAUGUAAUCAGUAUAUCUUAAAAGCUGUAACAUUAUACUAUAUUUAUUAUUGUUAUACAUGUGUAAUAAGAUUUGUAUUUAUAUGUAUUUAUAUUAUAUUGCUGCUGCUUCUCCUGUUACAGCUAUUAUAGUAUACACUUCUAUAAGUACAUGAUAAAUCAUAACUGAAGUUGAUGCAUAAUUACAGUUAAAUUAACACUAGUUACAUUGUUAUUACAUGUAUAUUUUGUUAAUAACACAGUUAUUACAUACACUUAAUACAUAUAAACAAGGGGAAACGUUUUAUGUGCGUAACUUAAACAUUCCUGAAAUGCUCACAGAAGGUUUUUUAGUAGGUUUUUUGUUCUUUACCCAUGUUUGUUCCAUUGAAGAAGCAUGUUCAUCAUAGAAGAACGUUUUAGAAGGACUUGAUGUGAAGGUUCUGUUCAAGGUUAACCAGGUUUCAGCACACCUAAUCCAGAUAAUCAGCUAAAUAGAGCAGGGAACCACUAAAAUGUGCAGGACAUAGGGUUUUCAAGAGUUAUAGAGCCAUAAAAGAACCAGUUUUGGCAUCUCAUUAGAAACCCUUUGUAUGACUUUUAUUUUUAAGAGUGUUCUUUAAUUUAGACCUUGUUUACACCUGGUUACUGCAUCCAGAGUUUCAGGAUUACAAUCCAAUUCUUCAAACCAUUUUAAAAGGUGGUCUGAGACACAUUUAAAUCAGAUUCAAAUUUGAUUACUCAUACCACUUUAGAAGGUGGUCUGAGACGCAUUUAAAAACAGAAGCAAAUCUGAAUACCCAAACCACUUCAGAAACUGGUCUGAGACUUAUUUAAAACAGAUUCAAAUCCAGUCAGUCAAACCACUUUAGCAGGUGGUCUGAGACACAUUUAAAUCAGAUUCAAAUCCGAUCACUCAAACCAUUUUAAAAGGUGGUCUGAGACACAUUUAAAUCAGAUUCAAAUUUGAUUACUAAUACCACUUUAGAAGGUGGUCUGAGACGCAUUUAAAACAGAUGCAAAUCUGAAUAUCCAAACCACUUCAGAAAGUGGUCUGAGAUGUAUUUAAAACCGUUUAAAAUCAGAUCACACAAACCCCUUUAGAAGGUGGUCUGAGACACAUUUAAAUCAGAUUCAAAUCCGAUCACUCAAACCAUUUUAAAAGGUGGUCUGAGACACAUUUAAAUCAGAUUCAAAUUUGAUUACUAAUACCACUUUAGAAGGUGGUCUGAGACGCAUUUAAAAACAGAAGCAAAUCUGAAUACCCAAACCACUUCAGAAAGUGGUCUGAGACUUAUUUAAAACAGAUUCAAAUCCAGUCAGUCAAACCACUUCAGAAAGUGGUCUGAGAUGUAUUUAAAACCGUUUAAAAUCAGAUCACACAAACCCCUUUAGAAGGUGGUCUGAGACACAUUUAAAUCAGAUUCAAAUUUGAUUACUCAUACCACUUUAGAAACUGGUCUGAGACUUAUUUAAAACAGAUUCAAAUCCAGCCAGUCAAACCACUUUAGCAGGUGGUCUGAGACACAUUUAAAUCAGAUUCAAAUCCGAUCACUCAAAUCAUUUUAAAAGGUGGCCUGAGACAUUUAAAUCAGAUUAAAAUCUGAUCAAUCAUACCACUUUAAAUGGUGGUCUGAGACGCAUUUAAAACAGAUGCAAAUCUGAUCAUUCAAACCACUUCAGAAGGUGGUCUGAACACAUUUAAAUCAGAUUCAAAUCCGAUCACUCAAACCACUUUAGAAGGUGGUCUGAGACACAUUUCAAUCAGAUUCAAAUACGAAUACUUAAACCACUUUAGAAGUUGGUCUGAGACUUAUUUAAAACAGAUUCAAAUCCAGUCAAUCAAACCAUUUUAGCUGGUGGUCUGAGACGCAUUUAAACCAGAUACAAAUCUGAAUACUCAAACUACUUCAGAAGGUGGUCUAAGAUGCAUUUAAAACAAAGUCAAAUCCAGUCAAUCAAACCACUUCAGGAGGUGGUCACCCAAAUCACCCAAACUGCUUUAAAAGGUGGUCUGAGACACAUUUAAAUCAGAUUCAAAUCUGAUCACUCAAACCAAAUCAGGAGGUUGUCUGAGACGCCUUUAAAACAGAUACAAAUCCGAUCACUUAUUCAAGAAGUGGUCUGAGACAAAUAAAAAUCUAAUCUAAUCAAGAUACAAUCCAGAUAUUAGACACAUAAUGUAACCAGGUGUAAACGGUUUGUAGUUUUUGCUGUUUGCUGCCUAAACAUUAUCCUGAACAUCUGAACUGGUUCCAACCAUUUAUACCCAUAAUCCCACUCUGCUGCCUGCUAUCAGUUACCAGCCAAUCCCUGAUCUCCUCCACUGCUUCUACCUGUGGUUCAUCAACACGAUCAAAUUCCCUCUGAUCCUGUUUGUUGCUUUUUUUUUUUUUCUUUUUUUUUUAGGUUGAUCAAGAGAGCACUUUAACCCAAGGAGGUUUAUUAUUGAUAUUGUUAUUAUUAUUCCCUUUUACUGUUAUUGAAAUGUUCUAGUUUUCCAAUUUUCACUCUCAAAAAUAAAGGUACUGGCAAGGCCUAUUUGGGUGAUACACAAAAAAGAAACUGGUUGCAUUAAGAACCAUGUUUAGUCAUUUGUCAAAAGAUUGGACACACCUCUCAUUAUUUUGUGUUUUUUUUAUACUGAAGUUGUUUAAUCUAUUAAGAAACGCACAACAAACUCAUCCUCAAACUCAUCCUAAAUCUCAUGUUUAAUCUCAUACUUAAACUCAUCCCUAAACUCAUUCUCAAACUCCUCAAUCCCAUCCCCAAACCCCUCCCCAGACUCAUUCCCAAAUUUAUACCCAACCUCCUUACUGUUAUCUUUAAACUUGUCCCCAAACUCAUCCCCAAAUUUAUCCCCAACCUCCUCAAUGGCAUCCUCAAACAUCCUCAAAAUCUCAUUCUCAAACUCCUCAAGCUCCUCUUCAAACUCAUCCCCAAUCUCAUUCUCAAACUCCCCCCAAACUCGUUCUGAAACUGGUCACCAAACUCAUUCUCAAAUUCUAUAAUCUCUAUACUCUAUACUGUGGUGUCACUCAAGUAAAACUUUGUAGGACUUUUAUUUUACAGAGUGUUGGUGUGCAGAUGAUGCAUAUCUGAAGGAUGAUGAUGAUGAUGAUGAUGAUGAUGAUGAUGUUUAUGCUGUUUUUGCUUGUCGCUCUAGAAUUCCCACAUUAGUGCCAUUUAGCAGAAGCUACAGUAAACUGACAUACGCCUGUUAUAAUCCUAAUUAUAUAAUAUUAUAUUCAGCGACUCUGUGUAGUUUGAAUGAAUACAAUUUGUUUUCUUGUUUUUUUUGCACAUCAUGUACAUAUUUAAGUAUAGAGAUUUAUAUACAUAAUUUUAUUUUUAAAUAUUUUAGCAAAAAGUUGAUGGAUUAUGUUUUUCUUCCUCGUUUGAUAAGGUGAAUUUCUCUUUUUGCACUUCUGAUUUUUUUUCUCCAGAUCGCGAAACAUUCCCGAAUUUUGUGUUGCGUCUUUGAUGUCCACAGUCUGUCAUACAAAACAUACAUAACAAAUGACUAACAAUCUAAUCUGAUGCAAACCAUACAAUUUUUACAAUAAAACCCUAUAUUUUUAUUUAAAAUUAAUUCUGCAGUUCCAGUCUGCUGUUGUUCAUGGAAAAUCUUUAAAACAGCAACUUUUCAAGAGAUAAUAAAUGCUUUGGGAUGAUUUAUGUUUAUUAACAAUUACAAUUAUCCUCAAUUUGGCUUUUUAUGGAGGGUGAAUAAUUUUAAGAAAAAAAUUAAUCCUCUCUAAGUUCAUUAAAAUAUAUUUUUGGGGGAACAGCAGAGCUGAAUUGCAGGAUUAUCCUGUAAUAUUAUCUGCUAUGUUUGAUGGAUUGUCUCUAGCAGGACAUUUUCAGAACUUUAGAAGAAGCAGAGAUGUUGUGUAGGGCAGGUUUGUUUGUGAAUGGCAACACUGGACUAAAAUACUUCUAGAUUGUAUAAAAAAUAAAACCUUGAAAAUCA